AUGGAACUGCCCCACCUUGAAAGUCCAGUGCCUCCUCGCAGAUCGGUAACAGAGCAAUCCGUGCCCAGUGACCCAACGGCAUCACAGACUCCGGUAACACAGUCCCCCAAGUCCCCAACGGACAUCCUCAGAGGAGGGAGCCGGACAGAAGGCACCAUCACAGGGGCACCAGCGUUCACGGGCACACCACUGGACGACUGCCGGGAUACCGAACUGCGCACAUCCUUCCGCAAGGUCACCACCAGUUUUGAUGUUCAUGAGGUAAUUAACCGCACCUGGGGAGUGGAGACGAAUGGUACCUUCACGGGGACGAUCGGUCUGCUCCAGCGAGAAGAAAUGGACUUUUCCACUCUUACAGUACCGACGGCAAAUCGCCUCAGAGUUGUUGAAUUUUUAAAUGCUUAUCCUGCCGACACCUUAUCAAUAACCUCCCUCAAGCCAACGCUACUGCCUAAAUCUCUCGCUCUCAUACGUCCAUUUGAAGGCGAGGUGUGGGUGGCGCUUCUGGUGAGUGUGGUUAUGUGGGGCGUGACCCUGUGGCUGAUGGAGAGGGCGUGGCAGUGGGUGGCUGGAGGGCGUCAGGUGGCGCUCAACACAACCUUCCUAUACGCCUGGGGUGCACUCCUGCAGAACCUGCCCUCUGAACCGUCUGUCAACUUCUCCAGCAGGAUGUUGGUGGGGUGGUGGCUUGUGUUCUGCCUGAUAGUCACUACAGGGUUCAGUUCUUCUUUGAUGGCUCACCUUACUGUACAAGGCAGGUCCCGGCCACUAAAGACCUUCCAGGACCUGGUGAACCAGCCUGGCUGGAGGUGGGGAACUCCACCGUGGAUAUUGUCCGAAGCAGUUGUUGAUUACUUCGUGAAACAUCCAAACCCUGCAGUCAAUCAAGUCUAUCAGAAAAUGGAGGUCAUACGGGAGGACGAGCCACUGAAGAAAGUGCUGGCAGGGGGAUUCUCCUUGAUCUUCCUGAAGGACUUCGCCACCAUCAACAUUGCAACACGAUACACGGACGCGAGAGGCAACACUCCCUUCUACAUCAGCAGGGACAUCCCUGUGUUUCUGGGAGCAGGUUGGUGCAUCAGGAAAGGUGCACCUUUUCGCAAAGAAUUCAGUCAACUGAUGACUCGACUGGAUGCCGCUGGAUUUACUACUUAUUGGCCUGCCGACGUUAUAGCCAGCAAGGUGAGGGAAAAGAGAAAGGCAUUAAAACUGGACACUACGACUGUUCUCGGAGACAUAUUUCAGGAUGAAGGGGAGGAAGUGGUGCUGAGCCUCAACCAUCUGCAGGGAGCCUUCUACAUGUUGCUGGUGGGCUCCUGCGUCGCCUUCCUCACCCUACUGGGGGAGAACCUCGCCCACUGCUGCUCCUCGCCUCAGUAACACCUUCCUCACCCUGCUGGGGGAGAACCUCGCCCACUGCUGCUCCUCGCUUCAGUAACACCUUCCUCACCCUGCUGGGGGAGAACCUCGCCCACUGCUGCUCUGUAAUGUAUACGAAAUGCAGUAAAUGAAAUGAAAACACAUGAGGGAGGUAGGGAGGUGGAAGGAAGGUGUGAGGAAUAGUGGUCAGUGGAAAGGUAAAAUUUAGAAUGAGAGGGAUAAAAUUAGAUCAGGCAAAGUAAAGAAUAUAAAGUAAAAGUGCUAGAAUAGUAGAAAAAUAAAAAGGUUGCCACCAUCCAUUCAAGUUAGUUAUUUAUAAGACAAGGAAUGGUACUUGUCAGCACAACAAUAUUAUCUGAUGUUAUCAACAAUAUUAUACACUGUAAGCAUGUACUCAUAUAAUCAAUAAUUUUUGUCACAUUUUUAAGCCAGUAAACUUCAGAGUGCUCUCCAAUCUAGCUUGUAAUAUCUCACUGAAAAUCCAAAAUCUAGGGAUCACAAUU